AUUUUAUGAACGAAGGCGUUGUGUGUCUACCAUUCCCGUUCACGUGUGUUCUAGAAAUUUCACACACAUACAGUCAUAAACACGGCGUGUUAUAAAACCGGCAGAAAACAACGAUUCACACUUUAAACUUCAAUCUACUUCAACAUUUCAGACUUUAUUUAUAAUAAAACAUUGAUUCAAAUUCAUAAGGCAAGUGUAAAAUUACGAUUUGUCGUUGACAUCUUAAUAAUAGUCUAGUGAAGAAUAGUUUCUAGAGUAGUGUAAUUAGUGCGUAAUUUUUCGUUCAAUGUUUAACAUGGAACAAUGAUGAAAUAUAAUUACCAAAUUGAUUCAUUGAGUGUAGAGUUUGUGAUUAGACUCAAGCCUAAUCACAAUUAGAUUAGGCAAGGGGUGUUUAGUUAGUAUUAACAUCCAUAUCACUAAUACAUUGUUGUCACAGGGCCUCUUAAUUAACUUAAUUUACUGAUGAUGAUAGAAAUAGAAUUAUACUAGUUACUAAUGAUAGUUAGUAGUUAGUAAUUAAUAAUACUGAUAAUGAUACUGAUAGUGAAUGGUAGUAGUAGUACUAGUAGGUAUACCAAAUAUUAAUUUAGUAACGGCAUGACUUACACUUACCUGUACCUACAUAUCUAACAGUAACAGGCCUAAGCCUAUUCUGAUUCAUCAUAGUCAUAUCAAAGUAUGCCCACACAAGUAAUUUUAAUAAGGCUUAGGGUGUAAUUAGUUAAUUAGGACUGACUACUAAUAUAAUAAUAGUUCUUAGGUGCUGUAACUGUAGUGUAAUAAUUCAUAAUUGCAAUAUUUACCAAUUACAAAAAUGAACCUAGGCAUUAGCCUGCCUUAGGGCUUAGGGCACUUAGGCAUUCCCAAUAUUGAAUAAUUCUGAAUAUCCUAUUUAUUAGGCCUGAAUAAAGUUAUCACUUUCAUGAUAACAAUAACGAAGUGUCUAUACGUCCAGCGCGCGGACAAAUAAUGUGGGAGAUAUACGUCCGGCGAGCAUGUCACGUGACCGCCGGACGACUAGUAGGCGUUAUUAUUCCAAAGGAAGUAACUAUUAAGAAGAUCUUAUGUGGUCAUGUGGUAGAGUGGCCGCUUGACGAUAUUAUAUUUGUGGAUCGAUUCCCCGCUUGGGAACCCUUUUUUUCCCCCAUUUUAAUUAAAAAUAUUUUAUAUUAUAUUUAUAUUAUCAUGUUCAUCAGCAACAGUAGUUUUAUGAGAAGUUUUAAAAUAUUUUAGCAAUUUAAACAAUUUAAAAUGUUUACUUUACAAUUUAAAAUCUAUUACUUUGAAUGGUUGCCUACUCCAUACUGAAUUCUGGCCCCUAAUCAUAUUAUGGGUUGCUGGUACACAAACUCAAAUAACAAAAUAAACAAAAAGCAAGCCACUUUCACUUCAGUUUUUUUCUAUCAUUUGCAUGCAAGAUGUACAUUACUUAUUGGUAGAGAAAUAGAUUUUAAAAUUAACAAUAGUUUUGAAUCAUUCGCGGUCAUGAGACAAGGCUGAUGGACAAAAUAUCUCUCGCCACUUUGUUACGGCGGUCAUGUGACUUGGUGGCCGGACAAAUAGUGCGGGAGAUAUACAUUUGGCGCGCCGAACGUAUAGACACUGCCUAACAAUAAAAUGUUGCAGUGACUGCUACUGCAUUGACUGUGGUGAACAGUGUACUGUUGGCCUAUUGAGUAUUCAGUAUUGAUAGUAAAUUACAUUGAUGAUUGAGAGAAUCUUCAAUUUUAAUAAAUUAUUAAGGAAUUUAUUGACGUGCAAGUCAAGUGUUCAGUAUUUCAUAUUAACUAUUAUGUCAAGUCUGUGUAGGCCUUAAUUACAACUAUUUGAUUCAUAAUUUUUAUGAAAGCCUCAUUUAUAUUGGAUAUGAUUGCAGUCACUCCCCCUUAUUACCAUUAUAUUUUUUAUUGAUGUCAUGUCACUAUAACUCUAUUUGUAAUAUUGUAAUUCUUAAAAAGAAAAAAGUUACCCUAAUGCUCUAACUCUAAUUCUUUGCUGUAGGCCUACUUGGCUCUUGCCAUCCUCAAAGCUUAAUCUAACACUCAGUGAUUGGUUUGAGCUCAAUAGAUUAAAAUUUAAAUCUAGGUAGUUAAUUAUUAAUAUGUCUAGCAAAUUUUUUUUGUUUUUGUUUAAAGCAUGUCACAGACCUGUUUACUCUUACGAUUUUGGCGUACAAUGUACGAUUUUUAGAUGUCUUUUACGAUUGUACGCCAAGACCUUCCAAAACUACGAUUUUCAGAGACCCGGUGGAAAAAAUUUUUCCCCGAUUUAAAAAAAAUUAAUAAAUUUUCGGGUUUGGACGUUUUAGCCCUCUCUAAUGAAGAUCUGGCAGUGAAUAUGAACGAGAAAAACGAUUGGUUGUAUUAUUUUUAUUUUUUUUUUUAAAGUUGGGACCAUUCUUAUUAGAUUAUAUUUCGGAAACACUCAUGGGGACUGGGGAGGUGGGGUUGUUGAUGACGGAAAUUGUGGCAUACGAGACACGCAUGGGAAGGGGAUUGGUGGGAGUGUCAAAGGAUAUAAAUAAAUAACCGCGACGCAUCGUAUUGAUGGAAUGGACGGUGAUUGUCGUAUUGCUGCUUUGUGUGUCACAGUCACAGGGAACCAGCUGGAUGCGUCAACAGUAAUGUUUGGACUAGUCGCCCUAGCGACAACUUCACUCACCAUCGCCUUUAACUGCUACCAAGCGUGUGACGUAGUUUUGGUACAGAAUUAUUUUGUUCCUCAGAACCGCGGCGAUUGUAAAAAUAGAGAUGGUUUUUAAAAUAAAAUAGAUGAUCCAACUCUUCUGCAGUGGAGCGUUGGAUUUUGGCAUACCGGUAUUUUAUAAGAUCCAGUCAGCGACAUUUACAAAAUACUUGUAUAACUCGCAAAUCAGCUCUACGCCUUCUACGAUUUUAAUACAACAGUUUGGUUUCACUACCAGGGUUUCUUUCAGCUAAAUCUCGGGGGGGGGGGGCACUGCCGCUCUCCCGGGCUAAGCCAAGUGAGCACCCCCCCCCCCCCCCCCCCCCCCCCGCCCACCACACACACACGACUACACAUUUAUUUUACUGGGAAAAGGCUGUACCGCACUGACUUAAAUAAACGGACAGAUGCGUAUUCAGAAUCACAUAAAGAGAAAGCCCUUAUGUACCGAGACGCACAAGUCCCCAGCAGUAGUAAGCUAAUAUUUUCUUAACAAGAGCAACAGCGACUGCCACGGCCGCUGUGGAAAGGUUGAGACAUCUCUGAAAUUUUGACACACGUUUCCCAGUGACGUUCCUGGAAACAAUCUAAAUGUUCCACUUGAUCAAUCGCCUAUCGAUCUAACAGCGAACACGCGCGUGAAGGAGUCAACAAAUUUCUGGGGAAGUGAUCGAGUGAGUGACGUAACUUUAGUUGAACUUUUACCUGUUGGAGGAGGCACUACUAAAACAUGGAUCUCUAGCUUCCUCGGCAAACGAUGCCAAGCAGUAUUGGUGGACGUUACAAGUUCCUCAUUUGUCGGUGUUAAGUCAGGGGUCCCACAGGGAUCGGUGCUAGGCCCCUGUUUGCUCCUAGUAUACAUCAAUGUCCUACCCGAGAAACUGACAUCCCAAGCGAGGCUAUUCCUAGAUGACACGACGGUGUAUAGGAUGAUGGCCAACAGUUCUGACCAGGACCAGGUACAACAGCAUCUCAAUCGGUUAGCUAAGUGGGAGAUGUGCUGGGACAUGGAAUUUCAUCCUGCAAAGUGCCAGACCAUGCCAGUGUCUAAAAGNCCCUGGCGUACGAAGUGGGCGCUCCGUAGACGGAUGUCCCAUUGUCCCAACAUCCCUGGCGUACGCAGUGGGCGCUCCGUAGACGGAUGUGCACAUUGCGGUCUUUUAAUGUUACCAUGAAUGGAAUCGGCGAGCCUUUUGUUUUCGUUACCGUAGUUGAGCAUGCACAAUACAUUACGAUAUGGCAUCGACACAAUGAAAGGCACGCGAAACCGAUGAUGAAGAAGGAACCUCAACUUAACAUCAGAUUCAGCAAAAGAAAGUUUAUUCGCUGAUAUCCUAUCUUGAAUGUCAGACAAAAUUGACUGAGUUACGUUCUUCAAAUAAGGGUCCAUCAGACGCAAACUGCACAGUCGGACUUUUCAUGAGCCAUCAAUCAGAGAUAAAAGGAGUGGUGUUGAUUUAAGAGAUUGUGUGCAUGGAGCCGGUCUAAGUAUUUCAAUUUAUAUACUCAACACCGCCAGAUUUUCGUAAUGACAGUUCGGGUAUGUUUGUGCGUGGGGGUGGGGGGUGGGCCUCGGCAGAAAGUAUGUGCGUCGUGCGUUAUUGAAACAUUUCUGCAACAUUCAUCCCGAAACUCUGAAAGUCCAAAACUAACAUUUCUAUCUCGAAUGGUGUCAACUACCAGCCAAUGUGUAGUAGGCAUUAGAGUCGUGAUCUUGUCAAGGGGUAUUUUCACAAAUCAACUGGCGAGCUAUACUCAAUUGUGGAAGAAUUACAGUACGGUGUUAAGUCUACCGAAUGUUCAACGCGCGCAUGACGUGUAUUUCAUUGGGCUACGCCAGUGGUUCUAAAAUAUUUGUUUUCCGGCGCCUGUGCAAUAUUAGGUUUUCACCAGGCGCCUUGUGUGACAUUCUAACAAGUGCAUUUGGACAUAGCGAAUACCAAAAUAAAACAAAGGGUGGGAUAAAAAUAAAUAUAACACGUAUGUAGGUCACUGACCGCCAUCUGUAGCUACAAACAGUACAUACUCAACUGGGUAACUGGACCGAAAGAUGUCACAUUGGAUUAAAAGUAAAAAUAAAAUUAUGAAAUGUUUUAAAUAUUUCGCAACGCCCCUGUGAGAAAGCCGCAGCAGCCCAUUUCGAAAAUUUUCACACCCCGCCCCCCAUUUAAAAAGGACAAUUUAUUGCGCCCUUAAUCUUUGUGUAAAUGGGUUUUUUUAUAGUUGAAUAGACUGUUUAAGUUUAAGUUCCUUUCUAUAGACGAUUUUCACGCGGUUGCUCUUCGUUAUAUUCUCAUGGCCCUGCCCAAGGGCAGCGAGCACCCAGGGCGAUGUAGUCCGAUGUAGCAUAUAUUAUGUGAACCACUGGGCUGGACGAAUCACAGGGGUGAAAACUCGUGUCACAUUUUGUUUACUGUAACAUAAUAUGUAAUGGACUUUGCUAAUUUUUUAUUAUUGUAAUUGAGGGAAAAGAGGGGGGGGGGGCGUAAAAACUUCUUCGUGCAACGAAAAGGGGGGGUGUUACAUAAUAGACUUUAUUGUGUUACUGUAUUUUUAUUUAUUUACUAUUGAGAUAUUGUAUUGUACGAUUUUGAGACCAGAUUGUACGAUUUUAGGGGUUUGAGGGUAAACAGGUCUGAUGUCAUAAAAUUAGGAAUAGGCCUACUACAUAAUGACUGGUUGUAAAUUUUUUUGUCAACACUCAGCAUCAUAAUAUAAUUUAUUCUCCCUUAUCACUUAGUGUCGGUGUAUUGAAUUGUAAUUAUCAUUAUGAUAAGUUAUCACACUUAAACUAACUAGAUAACUGAAGAUUGAAAUUAUAUUUAUUCAUUAGUCAUUAGGUUAGUUUGUUUUAGACUAUUCAUGAAACUUUCAACUCCUAGAUGUGAAUCCAAGAAUCAUGAACCAUAAAGAAUUUAGGAAUUAGCUGGUCCAUAGGUUAAAUAUUUUUCUUUUUCCAGUUAUUCAAAAUAUGCAAUUGCUUUUAAUAAGUAUUUGGUCAUUCAUCAGUUAAUUUAUUUAAUUCCACCCUUAUUUUAAUCUAUUUUUUACAGAUUAUUGCAAAUGUCUGUGGUGGGCAUAGAUCUGGGAACCUAUUCCUGCUACAUUGGAGUGGCAAGGGCAGGAGGUAUUGAAACAAUAGCCAAUGAGUACAGUGACAGAUGUACACCGUAAGUGACCUUACCUCUGAACAUUCCUAAUCAUUAUUGUGUUAUUGCUUAUUUUUGUAGUGAUCUUCAUUUUUUUCCCCAAAAAUAUUUUGUUUUGAAGAUUUUGCAUUAUCAGCCUUGCUAGCUUUACAUUUUUAACUUUUUGGCACAGGUCAUAUGUAUCUCUUGGAGAAAAAAGUAGAGUUCUUGGUGUGGCUGCCAAGCAACAGGCUGUCACAAACUUCAGAAACACAGUUUGUGGAUUUAAAAGAAUCCUUGGACGCAAAUAUGAUGAUCCCUUUGUACAGUCAGAACUCCAAAAAAGUUUUAAGCCCAAUCAUGUCGGCAAGGAUAGUAAUGGAAAUGUUGUGUUCCAGGUAAUAUAUAUUUAUAUAUAUUUAAAUAAUUCCUUAUUUUUUAAUAAUUUUGUUAGAAUAUAAAAUGAUAAGAUUUAAAAAUGAUAAUUGUGCUUUGAAAAUUUGUAAUGGUUGCUUACCACCCAGUUGUUGAAAAUUGUCUUUUGUAUUCAUAUUUCAUCCUCUAUAAGUAGAGAGGUGAAUUCCAGGCUAACAGGUUUAACUUUCAGAAAAAGAAAUUUCAAUUUUCAUACAGCAUUAAUGAAAAAUGUCUUUGAAAUGUAUUUAAUUUAAUAAUAAACAGGGUUUUGGGUCUUAAUUUGGUAUACUUUAAAUGAAUAACAUUUAUAAAAUAUAUUAAGCAUAAUAUUAAAGAUAAUAAAUUUCUGGAAUUUUAACUGAUUUGACAUGAAAAGAACAAAUGUUUCAGUUAGCAUCUUUGAAAUCUGCUUGAGUUUUUUCAAAAUUAUUAUCCGUAAUGUUUAAUUUUCGGAGGAAAACUUUUAAAAAUAGGACAUUAAAAGAAAAUAUUUAUAGACAUAAUAGUUUCACUGGUAAAAUGACUUUGUAACUGACAUAUUGUGUCUGAAUGUAAGCAAUAAAAUAUAGAAUGCUUUUUCUUUUACAGAAUUACAAAUGCUUCACAAAUAAACUCAAAUAACAAUGAUUUAAUGCUUCCCAACAUGUGACAUUUACCAUGACAAUGAAAAUUGUCUAUAUUAAUUGGAUGUAAACAUAAUAAAAAAAAAUUCUGUGAAAGUGUGCAGAUAUGUUCUAACUUAAAGAUGGGCAUGGGGUCAUGUAUGAAAUACAUUUAUACAGCACCAAAUUUAUGCAAUUUAAUUAUGUUGUGUCCACUUAUGCAUAGAAUUCACAGAGACUAAGCUUUUUUUUUGGGUGGAAGGGGAUUACAUCAAUUAAAAUAUGGUAAACAAAUUUAAAGAAUAAUAGUCCAAUUUUUAAUGGAUGUUUGGAAAAUUAGCAUUUAAAAAUUAUCUUUCGGUCAUUAAAAUUAGCCUUUUUUUCAUACUAAUUAUUACCAUAUUUAUAUUCCUAUAAAGUAAUUUGUUUUUAAUGAAAUUCUGUUAAAAAUUUAGAAGAAUCCUCAUGCUUGUUCUAUUUCCCUUUUCACUUAAGCUGAAAACUGAAUCAAAAUUUCUGCCACUAAACUUUAACCAUAUAAUGGUCAUAAGUGCCAAUCAUCGGCCGUUAUGCCCAUUUCUUUGGUGUCACAGCUGAUAUAUAUUGGCUGUGACGGCUGUUCGCAAAAUUGAAAUUAAAAAUGCAUAUUAUUUAAUCUAUAUUGUUUAAGGGGAAAUCACUUUAUAUAAAUGAGUUUGCUUCCUACUUCCAUUACAAUCAGUGUGUUAACAUGCUUAUAUCAGUAAUUUUUCAUGAUUAAUCAGGUGUGAAAUUUUCUCAAAUUUUUUGACAUAAUGUCGGAUGCCGGAGAGAGCCCAGCUCUAGAUUUUAAAAUUAAACAGAAUUUCAUUAUUGGAAGUAUUUCAAUUUUAUUAAAAUGAAAACAAAGAUUUCAGAGAUAUUCCAUGUGCUAGUAAUAACAGUAUUAGCUCUAGCGGUUACGCUGAGGUAAGAGGCAGAUAUUGACAAUUUUAUCCUUAAGCUUAGUCGUAUUGUUACAGACAAAUUCGUUUGGGAAAGGGUGGAAAGUGAACAGAAAAAGACACAUAUUGGAUCCCAAAGACAUAACCCAAAGAAAUUUGUGUUUGUGUAUGUUCUGGAGUAUUAAUUAAUAAAAAAUGCAUUUAAUAACUUCAAAAGAAAAGGAAUUUUUGAACUCGUUUGGUGCCUUCGCCCUUGUAUUUUGUAUGACAUAAUCUGAAGGUUGUGAAAGAAAUUAAUUCACCAAUAUCACAAUUUUCAUUGUAAGUGCCAUUUUAUGAAAGAAUAUGGAUUUUAGUAUUUAAAAAAUGUGAUUUUAUGACAGUUUGAACAAUUUAUGGAUUAUUUAGGGUGUGUUGAAUUCAAAAGUUGAGUACUAAAAUUUUACUCACUCUGUAAAGGUCAAGGUCAUUAUCAACUUACAUAGUAUAAAAACUAAUUCUUUUCAUACCAUGAUAUACCUUGUCCAAUGAACAUUCAGAAAAUUUAAACUUAUAAGGGUCUCUGAAUUCAUUUAGUCUGGGAUUUUUUUCAUUUUUGAGAAGCAUAUGAAAUUGCUUAAAAUGGCUUGAUGCUAUAGAAAAAUGUUCUGACAAUUGUAAGGUUAAAAAAAUUUGAGCUCAUAUUAUUUAAAUACGUUUUAUGACAUUUUCAAAAGGAAGAAGCAAGAUUUUUAAAAUACAACUUUUUUUUGUAACAUUUUAUCUGUACAGUUUUUGUUUACGUAAAUUUAUUUAAAUUUAUACACCUUUAUAAUAAACUUAAUUAUUUACCUUAUUUAAUUGACACUACAGCUGAACUACCUGGGAGAAAAACAAGAUUUCACAGCCUCCCAACUGACGAGUAUGCUUCUCAACAAACUGAAGUUUACAGCUGAAACUUCUCUUAAAACAAAAGUUGUAGAUGUUGUGGUGUCUGUAAGUUUUAACAUUUAAUUCUCUUUAAUUUUAUGUUUAAAUUAAAACAAAAAUUAAUCUUAUAGUUCUUUACAGUUAACACUUUAAGUUCACAUGUAUUAUUUUAGCUUCUUUUUUUAUAGGUUUGGUUUCAUUUUUUAUUCUCAGGUCCCUGUGUUCUUUACUGAUGUGGAAAGAAGAGCUUUGUUGGAUGCCUGUCAAUUGGCAGGGCUUAACUGUCUCAGAAUAUUAAAUGACACUUCAGCCGGUGAGUCUGUUAGGGCAGAUGUUAGAUUAACCUUAAAUAAUGUAAAAGAAACCUAGCAAAUGAUAUUGGCUAUUCAUUGCAAGCAGUUUUGUUAAAUCCAUUGAUAUACUCUCCUUCAUAAUCCUCAGUCUUCAUACACUUUACAUAAUUUUACUUGUAAAAAAAAUACAUAAAAAAACCAACAAACGUUUGAUUUUUAAAAAAUGCAUUGAUAUAGAAAAAAAGUAUUACUUUAUUCAUGUUGGUGUUGUAUCCUUUUCUCAUUGUUUUAAUAUUUACUUCAUGACUAGCUGAGUAACUAAGAAUGAUUUACAUUUUUUUUGGUACUACUCAUUUAGAUAAGCAACAAAAAUAAAUAAAACGCCAGGAAAUAUUUUUUAUGAGCUUUAAAAAUAAACUAAUUUUUUAAAAAUUUCAGUUGCCCUCUCAUAUGGCAUCUAUAAGACAGAUCUACCUAUAGAAACGGAAAAACCACGCAAUGUUGUAUUUGUAGACUUAGGUCACUCCUCACUGCAGGUCUCAGCAUGUGCAUUUAACAAAGGAAAACUGAAGGUAAAUUUUAUAUUUAUAUACAGUAUUUUAAAAAUGCACAUUGGUCUUCCAAUGCCAUGAAACAUAUAAUGUCGUGCUCACUUUUACAACCGUUUUAUGGUAACCAUAAUAGUCUGAAAUUCGAACAUGCUGUUACAAAUGUUGCUGUUUCUUUUUUCUCUUUCUGGCAUUGUUUAAAAAGGAACUGAUUUGAAUUUUUAAAAAGCAUGACAUUUGAGUAAAUUGCUUUUAAGUAGCACUAGUGUACAGUUUAAGAAAGUAAGAGGAGAGUUGAUAGGAUUUAAAUUGUAGGGUUAAUGAGAGGGAAGCAUGUUAGUAGGUUGUUGGGGGGGUAUGGGGAGAUGGUAAGGGUUGUAGUAACCUAGCAUUAGGUGGGGGAUAGUAAGAGUUAUAGUAACAUAGCAUUGGGUGGAUGAUAGUAAGGUUUGUAGUAUUUAAGUAUGGGGGUGGAGGGUAAGGAGACAAAAAUUAAUAGUGUUGAACUGUAUUUUUUAAAGUGGUUAAUAUGGUAACCUUUCACGUAUCAUUUAUUUGUUUAAAUGCUUUACAGGUGCUGGCAACUUCUUAUGACGCCCAACUGGGAGGAAAGGAUUUGGAUGAGCUGAUUGUUGACUACAUGACAGAAGAGUUUAAGAAAUCUUACAAAGUUGACCCCAAGUCCAAUGCCAAGGCUUACAUAAGGCUCACACAGGAAUGUGAAAAACUCAAGAAGCUUAUGAGUGCUAAUGUCCAACCAAUUCCUCUUAACAUUGAGUGCUUCAUGGAUGACAAAGAUGUACAUGGCAGUAUGGACAGGUAAUCUUUUUAUAUUUAUUAUUUUGCUCAUUAAAUUUUAAGUCUUUACCUUCUAUCAAAUCAAGAAUUAUUACAAAUAGUAGAUCUAAUGGUCUUAAUUGCUCCAAUUUAGUCUAGAUUUUGUGUUGCUUGAAAAUAUAAUAAUGUUGUCUUGAAAAUAGUUUAAAAUGUCCUCAUAGAUGGGAAUGCUGGUUCACAUCUUAUCAAACCACUGAAAUAAUUUUGUCUAAAUUUGCUAUAAAUAACUACAUUGAUCUGUUUUUAAUUAAAUAUAUCUACUUUGACAGAGCUAAAUUUGAGGAGUUGGCAGCUCCACUAUUUGAAAGGCUUGAAAACACACUGCAGGCAGUUCUUGACAACGCAAGUAAGUGUCUAGGAUAUAAGAGCUUUUAUAUCUACACAUUUUUCUUUUAGUCAUUCUAUCACUUGGUAAAUUUUUAACAUUUAUUUUGAUACUAACAAGCAAACUAUUGAUAUAUUUUCGUUUUAAUAUUUAAUCUCUUGUUCAAGAGCUGAAAUCUUCUGAUAUUGCUUCUGUGGAGAUUAUUGGAGGUGCUUCUCGAGUUCCUGCAUUCAAAUCAAUUGUACAAAAAGUUUUUGGUAAGGAACCAAGUACCACUCUAAAUGCUGAUGAAGCUGUUGCUCGUGGCUGUGCAUUAAUGGUGAGUACAAGUUAUGUCAUAGAUUCCUAUCCCAAUCGGGUCGAGAAGGGUUUUCUGGGGGUCUGCCUGCUGCAAUAUGGAACUAAAAAACAUAGAAUAAGGUUGUUUUAUAAAUGUUCCUUUUUUAAUCAAUUCAAAACAUGUCAAUAAUUUGGGUCAGUUGUGUUAAUCAUUUGAUUAUUUGCUCAUCUGUAAGAGUGAAUUUUAAUUUGGACAAUUUUUAAUGGGUCAAAUUUAGAUGUUUAAUAAGUCUUUGAAUUUACUAGGUGUGUUGAAAACGUAAUGUAUAUUGGGUUGAUACAUUUUUGAAAAAGUAAGUAUAGUAAAUGGUGACUUAUGAAUUUAUUUUUGAAAAAUCUAUUUUUAUCUGAGCUUUUUAAACUAACAUCUUUAAACAGAAUUUACACUGAUCCAUGUACAUGGGCUCAAAAUAAUUUUUUAUAUUGAUUUAAAAAUUAAAUGAAUUAUUUAAUUUUAUCAUUCCUUAAAGUGUGCGAUCUUAUCCCCCACAUUCCGAGUGCGAGACUUCAAUAUCACAGAUUGUCAGCCUUUUCCAAUAACACUAUACUGGCAACCACAAGGACAAAUGGAUGAGGACAGGUAGGAAUCCUUUAUUUCGCAAACACUUUCUGGGAUGAUUGUCUACCAUAUUUUCCAUUUAAUGCAUAUUAGAUGUGUUGCUCACGGUUGAAAUGGGUUGAAAGACUUUGACAAUGUAUGCUUGUAAUUAGUUUUUGUAGUAUUGCGUUUGUUUUAAAUGUGGUAAAUUAUAGAUUUGUUUUUUGUUGACUUUGUACCGCGCUUCGAGCCUUUGGGGAUGAAGCGUGUUUUUGAAAUGAACUUUAUUAUUAUUAUUAUUAUUGAAACUGAGGGCAUUAAACAUUCUUUACAUCAUGAAAGAGCAUACUGUAUUUUAAUAAUGUUCUUCAAUUGUGAGGCAUCCUAAGCUAGCCCUAGUGAUAUGCCUCCUAUAGAAUUAUAUUUAUCAUUGUUCUAUUUUCAGUUCCCUUGAAGUUUUCUCUCGCUUUCAUCCUGUGCCAUUUUCCAAAAUGCUGACCUUCUAUCGGAAAGAACCAUUUACUUUGACUGCAUCAUACUCAAACAACAGUGGCAUACCUUAUCCGAGUCAAGAGAUAGGUAAGUCUAUUAAAAAUCUAGUGUGUUAUACUCGAGAGAAUAACUUUUUUCUUAAUUCAGUGCUUUCUUGCUGUUACUGUACAUACUCGUUUAUAAUCCCGUUUGUUCAGACCCCAUUAGUUUUUGCUGAGAAAGCCUGCAGUGUUUAACCUGCUCAUUAGCCAACCCCCAUAAAAUAAUAUGCCAGUAGAACAAUAUAGUACUAAAGAGAAUAAUUUAUUUAUUAAAAAAAUACAAACUUAUAUAAAUAUUUAUUGUGUAAGUAAAAAGUCCAUAUAAAAAUUAAUAAACAUACAGUAUUAUGUUUACCACAGAUAAUAGCUUCGCCUGUCUAACGGUAUAUACCAUAACCAAACUGAACAUUUCCAAAAAUAGGACCUCAGAAAUAUACAGAAACAAUUUCAUUAUCUAGGGUAGCUACUUAGAUAAUCUCUCAGCACAUUUCUUUGUUUUCUAUAAUACACUCAAUGUACCUUAAGUUUUCUAUGAUCAGCUCAUAAGCCAAUAUUCCCUGCUAAUGAGCUCUUAUUCCCUGCUAAUGAGCUCUUAUUCCCUGCUAAUGAGCUCUUAUUCCCUGCUAAUGAGCUCUUAUUCCCUGCUAAUGAGCUCUUAUUCCCUGCUAAUGAGCUCUUAUUCCCUGGUUUUUUGUUGUUUUUUUUGUCGUUUUAUGAACAGUUAUAUUAGAUAUCUUUUGUUUAACCAUCUUUUAAACCUUUCAAAGAAUAAUUAUGUUUAGUGAUAACUUUCUUCAGUUCUUGAUUCUUUAUAUAUUAAAAUUUUAAUAUUUUGUAUUGCCACCCCACCCCUGCCUAAAAAUAAAUGUCACAAAUAGGCUGAAAAUGAUCUUUUUAAGAAGGAAACAAUUUAGUACAACAUUGGAAUUAAGACAUCGGUAUAGCGUUCUGAAUAUACCUUCAUUUUAUUUUUUUUGCAUUGGCAUUCCAGGCACAUUCAAGAUCAACAAUGUUGCACCUCAAGCUAAUGGAGACAGUUCCAAAGUUAAAGUCAAAGUACGGGUGAAUGCACAUGGUAUUUUUACAGUUGUCUCAGCCAGUAUGUAUGAGAGGCUUGAGGGUUCUGAUGAUACUGAUGAGGUCAAGGACAACAUGGAGGUGGAUGAAGACAACAAAAAGAAGGAUAACAGUACAGGAGAUACAGUUGUAAAUGGAGAGCAGGUAAGCAUGAACAUCAUUUGUUCAGGAAGAUUUCAUUCUAUGUAAGUAAAACUUUGAUAACUUGGGUUUAAAUGAACACCACUACAAACAUGAUUAUCUUAAGUCUAUGGUGCACCGUUUAUUUCUCCAUCACAAUUUUAUGACAACUCUGGGUUGUUGGGUAAAUGUUUUGAUACCAUAACCAGGCUUGCUUUUAGAUUUUAUUUCUUAGUCCAUUUUAUCACACUUCGUUGACUCUAAUUGUGUAUGUGGAGGGGGUGUGUAAUCAACUGCUUGACAUUAAAUUAAAAAAUAAAAAAUAAAAUUUUGGUUUUCCAGCAAAGUCCAACAGAAAUGGAUCAAUCAUCUUCCAGUGAAACACAGAACGUUGAUGAUAAUCAAGAAUCACCUGAAAAGGCCACAGAGGGAAAUAAUUCGGUAAGGCUCCACGAAAGGUUUACAGAGGUAUACCCUAACUUGCAGCUUUAUGGGUCAUUUAGUAUGUGAAUAAAUAGUGGAACAAGAGGUUUAGGCUUAAAAAAAGAAAAACAGAGCAAUUAAUGGACGCUUCAGCUUAAUGCCUUCUUCAGCAGACAAUACAAACAUCAAAUUAUUUGAAAUUAAAAUCUUAAGCAUUCCCAGAUGACAAUGUGGCUCCUUUGUCUUUGUGCAGAAAAAAAGGUGCACUAUAUUAACAGAAGUAAGUUAAUCUAAGUCACAUAAUUUUGUGGUGCGUACUGUCAAGGUAAACGAAUUAAGUAAAUUAUGUAAACAUAUUAUUUGAAACUACAAAAAGAUAAGAGUAGAUAUGGAGAAAAAUUGAGAACCACUAACUUGAUUCCAUAUGGUUAUAUGGUGCAGAAAAACUGAAUUAGUUAUCAUUCCUCAAUCUCAUGAGUUUAUUAGUACAAGAAAUUAGUAGCGGGAUGGAUACAUAUGAUGUUCCUGUGUGUUCACCUUUGUUUAAAUGGGAUGAGGCCGAAAUGGCUUGUUUUUUCAAUAUCUCAAAGAUGUUCACUGAACUGAACCUAUUAGAUAGCCUUCUUCCCAUCUCACCUAUAUAUAUAGCUGUGGUAUCUUCUGCAAACAAUCACAUGGGUCACAUUUCGCUCUGAUACAUCUGAAGCCCCCAUUGAUAGUAAAGGUCCCCUUAGAGAAGCCAAUAUGUUUUCCAGUACAUAGGGGCAAGUCCUUCAACGGAUUCUUGAACAUGGCUUAGUUCCAACGUGAGAAGUCACUAAUUUCAUUUGCCUUAUCUAAAAAGUCUUCAUCUGAUUGGCAAGGGUGACAUAGUCUAAGAAGUUUGGAAAAAAUUAUGGGGUCUUUUGACAAUUUGGGGUGGGAGGAUGAAUACAAUAAAUAACUAUAGCUGUCAUUUGGUAGAGGUGAAUAAUCCUUUUUCUUUUAAGAUAAUGUCCAGAAAGUUUACAGAAGAAAUAUUUUUGGAAAACUGAUUAAAAUUGUUUAGUUAUCUAAUGACUGACAUACUCGGCUUUCCAAACAGCAUUCAGAGGAAAGGGAAAAGAAUUUAAAAGUUAUCUUACCGGUACUGCCUUGUUUAUCAUGGCUUGCAUGUUAGGAUGUGUUUUUAAUUGUAUUUUCAGGUGUUCGUAAUUUAGAAGAGUGUUAAAAAAAAUCAAAGUGCCUGUGCUAACUUACAUUUUCAAUAUAAGCAUAUGGCAAUCAAAUGUGCUGUUAGUUUUGUGUAUGACUGCACAAACAUUUUAGUCAAGUUUUUCAUUACUUUCUAAUAUUAAGAUGAACAUAAUAUCUGUACAAAAUUAGCACAUGAUAUAAUUGCAUGAAGCAGGGAUAGGAAUCAUUCAGGGAAAUGUUAACAUUUGAUUAAGCACUGAUGCAGAAUCUGCAGUAACAUAUACAGACUUCUUACAAUUUAGAUGACUUAUUCAUAUAAAGUUUUGCCUUUGUUGCAUGUCUGUCUUCAUUUGGUUUACUAAUGUCUAAAAUUCACUGCCAGCAUCUCCAUGGCUGUAUGUCUCAGCAUCAUCGAUUGUCUGCUCGGGUAUCAGGUUGUAAAGUCUCAAAUACAGGUUAUAUUAAUUGCAAGAUGAACUGCAGUCUUUCGUGGGAAGAUUCGUUGCUUCAUGGUCCAGUCGGUUACAAGGAAAAAAUGAAAAGGAGAAUUAAAAGUCUGAAAAAUUGUUUACGUUUAAUUCUCCAGGAGGCCACAGACAAAAAAGCUGCAUCAAAGAAAGUUAAGAAGACUGUGAAAACUAUUGACCUCCCCAUCGAAGCUAAUGUUCCACAACUGUCCAAGGAUCAAAUUAAUAAUCUUAUGGAAAAAGAAGUAAGAAAUCGCUUUUUAACAUUUCAAAACUUGUUUUCCUCAUCAACUAGUUAAUCAUGUUAUUUUUACUUGAUUUUGAAAUUUAAAAUUAAUUCUUUGAAUCUAUUUUUAGGUAUGGUAGCAAGUAUCUAAUACAGGCCUAAGGCUGAUAUAAUAUAAAGUCUUUUUUCCUUGUAGAAAGAAUGAGUAAAAUUAAUUUUUUAUUUUCAGAAUCAAAUGGUGAUGCAAGACAGGCUAGAAAAAGAGAGGGCAGAUUCAAAAAAUGCUGUUGAGGAAUAUGUUUAUGAAAUGAGAGAAAAAUUGUACAGUGUAUAUGAAAAUUACAUAACAGAUGAUGUAAGUUUAUUAAAUUUUUAUAUCAGUAACUACGGUUGUAAUCCAAGCAUUGCACGUGUGUUUAAGAGAAAAUCAAAUAAAAAAUUUAGUCAAUUAAUUACUAGUCUUAAUUCUUUGUCCCCAGAAUUAUUUUCCUCAUUCUGACGGACUGGUCUAUUUUUAAUAUUUGUAAUGCACAACUAUGUUAUCUCUAAACAUUCAUAACAUUUUUGUUUUUCAUUAGAAAAUGUUAAGUUUAGCAUGGAAUUAAAGGGGAAUGCAUGCUGUUUAGAUAAAAUAUAGACUUGGAUUUAAAUUUUAAUAUAUAAAUGUAAUUAUGAUUCAAGAAAAAAGUUUUUAAAAAUAAAACUCAAGAGUUUGCAAAACGCUCAUUCCAAGUCACAUAAAAAGAAUAUUAUUAUCCAAAUUGUAACAAGAAUGUUUUUUUUUCUGAAGUAUAUCCAUAUGCGCAUCACAAAAAAGAAACAUAACAUUAAAAAAAAUUUAAAAGUGAAACACCAGGGCACAUUAUCCAUUAUCAUCACAGACACACAAAAAAAUUUCAGAAAAAAACUAUUUCCACUGGAAACAAUUAGUUGCCACUAGAAAAAAUUAGCACUAUAUCCUUGUAUUUAUUAACAUUUAUUAUGGUGUAUACAUCCCAUUGACCAAAAGUCACAAACAAAGGGAUGAGAAUUCAUCCCCAUCAUUGUUGUAACUCUAGAUUAUUGACAGGUUUCCACUUUUUAAACAUGCAACUCAAGCAUGUUGGAGUGUUCAUUUUAAUUCUGUAGGAAGCAUAAUCAUUUAUUGAGAGUACAAGCUUGUGAAUAAUGUGUAUGUCUAGCAAAGUAAAAAAAAAACAGGUAAAGGUAAAAAUCUGAAAUUGCACUCAGUUUUAGUGCCAAGAUCAGCAACUUGUCAAUAAGAAUCUACAUUAUUUAUAACAGGCACAAUAUUAGUUCUUCUACAAGGCACUUUAGCUGGUGGGGUGGGACUGCUUCUUAUCAAUUUCAUUAUUACUUUCUUCACUAGUACAACUACUACUAGGAUUAUAUGAUUCAUCAGCCUCUGCAUUUGAAAUCAUAAAAUCAUUGAGCCUUUAUAACUGACUUUGUUACUAGCCUUUAUAAUUGAAUUUAUUACCCAGCCUUUAUAACUGACUUUGUUACUAGUCUUUUUAAUUGAAUUUAUUACUAGUCUUUAUUACUGAAUGUUCAUGUCAUUUCAGGAUCGCAGUCAGUUUACUGUCAAAUUGGAAGAUACUGAAAAUUGGUUGUAUGAGGAAGGGGAGGAUCAAAAUAAACAGGUUUACAUUGACAAGUUGAUGGAGCUAAAGGUGAGAAAUUAGAUUGAUUUUUAAAAAUAUAAAUGCAAUUUUUCAUUGUGGGAUGCUAACACUUGUAUCUAGUCAUAUUUAAAAAAAAAUUUUUGAACAGGACACCUUGAAAUAAAUUAUCCUUGCAGUAUGAAACUUAACAUUUUUUUUCAGUACAUAUUUAACCCUUUACAGGGCACAUGAUUUUCCUGUCUUUAACUCUGAAUGGGCAACAUUUUUCCGGUUUUUAGUAAGAUUUAGGGUUACCUUAGUAAACACUUAAAAUCUAAGGUGUUGGUGAACAAACUUAAAUGAAAUAAAAAAAUAAAAUAAAGGAAAAUCAGUGCAGAUUUAUUGUUUUACUCACAUAUGAAAUGAGCAAGCCAAUGUUGGUAGUAAUCCACACAUAAACACAAAUAUUAACAAAUACAACUUAUUGUUUGUGAUUGUCAUUCAUCGAUACACUAUUUACAAACACUCUGCCAAGAAAUGUGGACACUGCUUACGCUGAUAAUGUUAAAUAAUUUUAUUAUUAUCUCGCUCCGAUUCAUAGUCAAUUUCGUGCAUUUCAAUGUCAUUUAAAUUGAAUCCAGCGAACUCUCUGAUAUCACUUAAAGAAUCAACAAAAUCCAUUUUGAAAAACUAAGCAUUAAAACCCUGAAAACAGUAAAGAAAAUUAGAUACAAUUUAAAGAAAACACUUGUAACUGGCACCCACGCUAUCAAGCUAUCUGCAAAACUGGAAGUAAACAAUGGGAAGUCUCGCAAAGUAUUGGAGGUCGCGUGGUUACAACCUUUAGUUGUCACGGACGCUUUUCAGAUGUUUUGCCCUUUUGGUAGUAAAGAUGUUUUUGGUCACUGUGCCCUGUAAAGGGUUAAACAACCUCUCCACAAAAUUAAACCCAUUUAGGAGGGGAAUACUAUUUAUCUCUUAUUGUUAUGGGCACAAAUCUAAUUUUUCUAGGCUCAUAUUGCUUCUGUUAUUAUUUGGUGUGAAUUUUUAAUGGGUUAAUCAGAUUCAUAAUUUAAAAAUUGUUUUUAUAAGUCAGCACUUUUAGUAUUGAGACUCAAAGUGUUUUGAACAAAAUCAAGAAUACAAUUUUCAAAUAUCAAUCCUAAAAAUCUUGGUUUUUUGGAUAACAGAAGUUGUAAAAUCAUUUUUUUCUCUUGUAAAAAAGUCCAAAGUAAUUAAGUGGUUAAAUAGGGUAUAACUUCAUUUCAGUCUUUUUUUUGUACAGUGCUCUUUUGUAAAUAAUUAUCUUAAAGUCCUGCAUUUAUGCCUUAGACUCUUCAAAGUUAUUUAUCUUUAGGUCCUUUACCAUAAAAAAGCUUGAUUACGACUUUGUUUCAGAAAAUUGGUCAACCUGUUGUUGACAGAUACAGAGAAGCACUGGAAUGGCCUAUAGUUAGAGAUGAAAUGGGAUCCACACUUCAGCAAAUUAGAAAAUUCUUGGAUCAAUGGGCACAGAAGGUAAAGAAGUCUCUGCCAUGAGGUUUGAUCCACCAAAGCUUGCUUUACUGCUAACAUUACUGAAUAUAACUCUGAAUGGUUGUUAGAAAAAAAAAAUCAGUCCAGUUGUGAUACAUAUUUCUUUAUAUAGAGCAUUUGACAUCAAAAAUUAAAAAAAUAUUAUAUACAUUACAAGAGUUGCAAAUGCUGUUCAGUGUAAACCCUUUAAAGAUAUUAACUCAACACAUAACAAAUUUUCAAACUCUCUUCUAAAUGAUGAAUUAUUGUGUUUUAAUAGGGCUGUAUAUUUCUUUGCUCCUAUCCAGGAUGAGAAAUAUGAUCAUAUCGAUAAAACAGAUGUUGACAAGGUUGAAAAACUUUGGACUGAAAAAUCCAAUUGGUUUGGCCAUAAGAUGACACAGAUGGCUCAGCUGAAACCCCAUGAAAAUCCAGUUGUUCUUGCCACGCAAGUCAGGGCCGAAAAACAGGUAUGCUAAGUUAUUCAUCAUUCACUCUUGUGGUCUAGAUUUAUUAUCAGCAUCAUUAUGAUAUUUGAGACAACUAGAAUAAAUUGAGUUAUGAUUCUGAUUUGAAAUUUUAGCUGCAUACAAUACAGCUAGUUUCAAUGUUAUAAACUAAUUAUCCAUACUGCAGAUAAUUGCACAAAUAUGCUACUCAAUGAUUCUCAUUGGACUUUUAGAUUCAUAUAUCAGAGCUAGCUUGUUUCAGUGAGUGUGUUAUGAUGUUUUAAAAAAUCCAUACUGCAGAUAAUUGCAUAAAUAUGCUACUCAAGGAUUCUCAUUGGACUUUUAGAUUCAUAUAUCAGAGCUAGCUUGUUUCAGUGAGUGUGUUAUGAUGUUUUAAAUGUUGCAGAUUCUUGAAAACACAUGUCACCCCAUCAUGAACAAAGCCAAACCCAAGGUAGAUCCACCAAAAGAAGACAAGAAAGCUAAAGACAAAAGUGGGAAUAAAAAUGAUGGUAAUCAGAACAACAGUGAACAAGGGGGCAACCCGCAGCAGCAGCCGACAGAUGCACCCAAGGAGCCCGAACAGGAGAUGGAUGUAGAUUAAAUCUGGCCAGUGUUAGUCAUUCAUUUAGCUAAAUUAUUUACUUGCGCUGUUGAUUACAUUUUAUUUUGCUGUUGUUCAACUUUGAGGCCCUUCAUUCUGUUUCAAGUAAUAUUUCUUUUAUCCUUAACUUCCUAUGUUUAAUUUGUUGUUGCAUUUGUUAAGACUUUUUAUUUUUGUGCCCAGCCACUGGUUAAUUUUUGUGUUUUUAAAAAAAAUAUAUAUAAAUAUUUAUAUAUUUGUUAAACGCCAUUGGAUAACUUGUACUUGUUGUUAAAGGUGUUUUGUACUGUAGCCACAUUGUAUGUAAUGUUGAUGUCGGCAUGCUUGUUUGAGAGAAAGUACUGUUGCACUCUGAGAUGGGACCAUGGAAGUCAAAAAGUAAAUAUCAUGUUGUCCUCCCUCCUUGUUCAGAGCCUGCAUAUCAUUUAAGUCUGUUUUCACUUAACGUUUCAAUGCAAGAAUCUCGAUGUCAUGUCUCGAUUUGCAGCUUUGUAGCAUAUAUCAGCCCUGAUUAUGGCCCUUGUUGACCAAUAGUUGAUGUAAAUGGAAAAUAAAGAGAAACUAAUAAAUGACAGUUUGUUCAGAUAAUAAUUACAAAACUGAUGAUUGGAUUUAUUUUUGUAUUGGGUGGAAUAUCAAGAUUUUGACAAAUUGUUCAAAUAAUUUAAAAAAUUGAUGAUUGGAUUUUGUAAUAAAAAGCUGGCAAGCUGAGAACAUUUCAUUUGGAUUUAUGUUUCCUCAUGUGUGAACUUUUAUUUUGUUAGAUAUUUUCAAUGUCUGUCUUUGUGGAAAGCUCGCCUAGUACUGAAAUUAAAGCAAUUGCUUGUUGGAAAAUUUUUUCCCAACCAUAAAAAAAAAAAAGAAAAAAUCUGUGUAUGGUAUAAAAAAAAUGUCUGAUAUAACAAUGUAAAAUAAGUAUUUGUUUUUAUGCGAACGGAAGUUAAAGAGUAAAUGUUGCAAAGUUUGACUGCUUUUACAACAAAUAAUUUCAACUUUAACAUUAGUUGUUGUUGCUUAGUGGAGUUUUCUGAUAAAACAAAGUUUUAACACUCAUCAAUUUCCAUAAUUAUUUGAUAUUUGUCUUCUUAAAAUUCUAGCAAAUCUGAAAUAUGUUUAUCAUAACAUUUAAAAUGACUUUCACUCAUUUUAAUACAUCCUGACACAAGCUUUAAGACUUUCAUCUCAUGUGUCAUGCCAGUCAUUUAUUUAUUCCUCACUGGAAUCUUCAUUGAAAUGCUGUUAUUUUAUUUAUUUGCUAAUAGAAUAUUUAAGCCUAAAAUUAUUCCAAAUAAUUCGCUUUGUGGGUGGAGUUAUUAUCAAUACAAGUAGCUGGGUUGGAAACAUAACUAAGCUUAAUCAAUGGGUGCUGGAAUAAAUUAUAAGGCAUAUUAUAGUAACAAAUUCAGUAAUAAUAUUGUUAGUAGGGACUACAAGACUAUACAUUCCAAUGUUUAGGAAUAGCACAUUGGAAUAUUGAAUGGGACUUCUGAAAGACAGUAUGGUGGACAAAAAUAUCCUCUUUGGAAAAUUCCUGUACAUUGGGCAACUUGUGAUUCUAUUCAAGCCAUGAGUUAACUCAUUAAGCUGUAUAACAAUGCAAACAGUAAAGUCCUGAGUGUUAUUUUGUUCGGUUAAAGAUGUAGAUUUGUUUGUUACGGCAGAUCUGUUGAUGCAUUAAUCAUGGCUAGCCCAUCACAUGAAUCGGUUGUACAAAGAUUCCUUUUCAAAAUCAGAAUUUCUAUCUCCUGUAAUUCAUUUAUCUCCCCCUUGUUUCUUCACUUCAAUAAUUGUUCAUUCCCUUUAUCCCUGACUUGAAUCAGUAUUUAAAAGCUUGACUCCUUAAUUUAUUUAUACAAAAAGAUAAAAAAAAGUCUUCAUUGGAUCGCAUCUUCACUUUAGUAUAGGCAGUUUGUUUUGAACCAAAUAUGUUCAGACACCUAGUAAAAUUCUGCCCUUUAGAUCUUGUUUUUGUUGUACAGUGAGAUUGUUUAAUCCAAUGAUUUAUUUUCAAUUACCGGUAUUAUUUUAUGCUGAAGGAAUAAAAAGGAAAUGAUUUGUGACAAGUUUAAUACUGCCAAUUUGUGGCUUGGGGGCAUUCUUUUAGUAACAUUUUAGUCAGUGCGGCCAUUACACACAUUUGAAUUAUUUCAGUUGUAAAUAAAAUCAUAUUUUUUCAUCUUUUUAGAAAUAAAUACCGUAAUCUAUUUGAUUUGCCUUCUUUUUAAAAAUUACCCUCAGGGUUUAAAAAAAAAUAAAAUUACACGAAGGCACAUCAGCUUUUCCUUUUUUUUUUAUAAAUAUAAAAAAAAGAACUUGUACAAACUUGUUUACUAUUUUCAUUAUUAUGUAAUAUUUUCACUGCCCAAUGAAACAUGUUAACACUUGCCAAUUAUUUGUCCAACAUAUGAGGGAAUAUCACAGACUGUAAGUGACUAGAUUUUUUGGAUGGUGUGGCACCAAAAAUUUGUGGCACCAAAAAUUUAAGUGCUAUAGUGAGCUACACUUAAAUUUUAAAGAUGAUACCUUUACCAGCUUGUUCAGGAAAUUUUAAAUUGGCUGCAGAAUGUUUGAAGCCAUAAGUUUAUCCUUGACAGCACUUUUUUUCUUAAAAUAGCUUUAGUAAACAUAAAAUUGUAGUUGUAGCUAUUUUUUUUUUUUUAAUGCUGAGCUGAGCUUCAUCACUUUAUAUUUACUCGGCAUUGACCGGCAAUGAACCGAUAGUCAUAAUAAAUAAUUGAGAGAUGAGAAACUUUUUGGUCUGUGUAAAACGCAGGUGUCAUUCUGGGCAGAUUAAAAAUAUCUUUGAUGAUUUUAAAUGGUCAUAUUCUGUAGAUAGUCAAUGCCGUACAGGUCAUCAUGUCUGAUAGGUGAAUAUACUCUUCUUUUGUCAAAUCUUCAAGUGAUUAUGUGUUGGUGGUACUCAUUUUCUAGUUUGAAGUAGACUUUUCUCAGUAAUUAUACAAUAUAUCCAUUUGUGUGUCCCAUGAAGUUACAGAGAAAAUGUUUUUUUUCAAUGACUGUAAAGUGUUUUAUACAAGUUAAAUAAAACCAGGUCUUCAUUAUAACAUUUGCAUUUUUAAAACAUUUAGAGUUAAGGUUGAAUUAAAGAACUUCAGAAUUGGAAAUAAAAAAAAAAAAGAACCCACUGAUGUUUGAACUAUUAUUAUUGAUUUGUGGCAAUUUAAUGAACAACCCAAAAAGUGUUCUUUGUGUUUUUAACAGGUCUAGAGCCCUGAUCCAAAAUAAAGUGAAACAUAAAGCCUUGGUUUUAUUAUAUACUUUUUUACAACUUUCUUAUUAUACUCAACUCUGGGUUGGUGUGGCAGUGGACUCACCGUCUGAUAAGCCAUUUGAUCAGUAAGACUAUGAAGUAUGCUGCUAGUCAUAGAACAUUACCGUACAACCUGGAUUGAAAACUUAUUGAGGGGUUGGUGAGAAAUGUAUUUGUCAAAAGUUGUUUUUAAAAAUAGGAAAUAAUAUAUUCAAAUGUAAAUAACAAAAGGAUAUUUUAAAAACUGGACAAAAAUGUUAAGAUGUUAUUAUACUGUACGGGUCAGAUAUAAUACAUAGUUAGAAGACAGAUUGUUCAUCUGUUGAAAUCUUAGUUGAUGGUGUUAACUGAAAGGUUACUAAAUAAUUUUGCAUACUAAGGUAUUCUUCCUCUUUGCCUUUUCAACCCACAUUUUUGAUUUGCUGCUUCUUUGAACAGAGAAAUCCCAAACAGAUUAUUAUUUUGAAAUCUUAUAUUUCAAGGAAUAAAUGU